AUGAGUCUGAUGCGCACUUCGACUGCGACGCGUACCUCAAGUGAAGUCCCGCUACAGCGUCUUGAUGGGGAUGAUGAAGUUGAAGGCAGAGAGUUGGUUCUGCGCGGCGGAAAGCUAUCGCCUCGCUCAUCACCAGCGUUCGAUCCAUCAGAAAGACGACAGCGUCAGCCUAUUCAUCCUAUACCUGUAUCCUCUGCGCGUGUAGAUCAGAAGGACGGUCCUCAACGUGUGAUAGGUGGUAACGCCAACGUCCAGAAUUCCACAAACGCAAAGGCUGGUUCUCAGACACUCGAAAAUCCCUCCGCCACCAACUUUCUUACGAACAGCGCGCCAAUCUACAAUCAAAAUGUGAACAGCGGAUCCGGCCAGCAGAACAUUAAAGUCAUUGGCGAUUUCGAGGUUCCGUCGUCUUAUACUCCUACUGCCGCACCACCCGAGUAUGAGAUCCCUUUCGAAUCUGAGCACAAUGAGAAACGAGGCAGCGGACUGCAGAAGUCUAAUGUUUCGAAUGGCAUCAAGAACAAGACGGCUGGUGAUGACAGACCUAAUGGUUACAGUCAGACCUUGAGAGACCCACAUGGUCACCUGCUUGCCUAUCUGGACAGACGUCGCCGCCUAGCUAUCGGUCUCGCUCGCCUGAUCGGUUCGCUCCGCAUAGUCGGAGAAGCUUUGUGGCAUCUAGGCCAUAUUCUCCGAAUCGGUAUCGCGACAGGCGUGAACCCGAUUAUGAUGAAAGACGCGGCCACGUUCGUUCAAGAGACCAUCGAUCCCGCUCGCCUGCUCGGAUCGCUCCGCGCAACCGAAAUGAAUCUGUAG